AGACCUCGCCUGCUGAGGAAAGCUGUGAGAAGAGGGAGGAAAAGAAGCUAGGGAGCAUUAUUGUGAAGGCUUGCUCUUUACCUCAGCAAGUAUUUUAUUUAGUUCUUUUAAAUUCUGAGUGUGUUCAUAGAACAUCUUCUCGUUCAGGUACCAUGGAGGGCAUUGGAUCAGAGUUCUCGCCGCGCUCGUCGUCCGUGAGUACCGAUGAUCCGGACUAAAAAGGGUUCUAACAAACCCUGUUCCUGGACAUACCGACCGGUCUGUGCUGGCAUUUUUGUUCGGAUUCAUCAUCUUAAUAUCUGAAUUCACUUUCAAAAAGACAAAAGCAACAGAAAGAAAAAUGAAAAAUAUGGUGCUCACAACAACAGUCGCUGCAUGGUUAUGUGUGCAGGCAGUUUAUGGUCAAGAAAACUCAUGUAGCGUUCAUUGCACAAAAGAAGGUUGUGCCAAAAGAGUCAUCUGCAACUUCAGUGAUAUUGUCUUAAGGGAGAAAAGGGAAUUCAUCAUUUCACUACGUGCAGACUCUGGUGACGAAAUGAUUGCAGACUGUAACUGGGUGCGAUCAGGGAAAUUUGACUGUGACCCUGCAACAGGCUACACCUGUGAUCCGCAGCUUUCUGUUAUUUUUAGUGUCAACAUAACUAAACCUGAAAAAUGUAUAAGAUCUGGUGAAUUUUUAUUUGAAGUUGCACAUGAAAAACCAUUCAGUUGUAAAAUUGCACCAGCAGUGCAAGUUCUUUCUGAAGAGAAAAUGAACUCAGACAAUGCUUCAGCAAGUACAAAUCAUAAAAGUCCGAACAAAUGUCGGAACAGCACAAAUGAGAAUGAAAAUGGACCAAACCAAAAUAAGAGAAGUACCGAUGAAAGCGAAGAUCGAUGCCAAGAAGGUGCCUCAGAACAAGAAAGUAAUACUGGGAUGAUCAUAGGUGUGGUGUGUCCAUGUCUAUUAGCAGGCGUUGUGGCGUCGUUGCUGAUUGUUAAGCGGAGAAAAUUGGUGACCUUCGUCAGAAAACGAAAAGGACAUAAAGGAACGUGUGUCGAAGGCCUGGCUUAUAACCCUGCCGUCAAAGACUUUGAAAACAAAUUUUUGAUGCCAGAGACAGCGGAUUCUACUAAAGCAGACACACUGAAAGAGACAGAUGAUGUAUCUUAG